AACCGAGCAGCUUCUUGCAGGAAAACGCAGGACAUGAAAUAUGAUCCACUCCCUUGUUGUUAUUUCUCUGUUUUCAUAAUGUUUAACCGCGCCAGCAAGAUCGCCAAUUUCAAAACAUGCACAUGUUCUUGAGGAGAAUGAAAACGAUUGCACCAUGUUGGAUAAUACCGGUGAAAAAGAGCCUGGCCACUGCUCCGACUGUGGCUGCAUCCUCCCACAGCCAGACUCUGAUUCAAGCACCACUUCAGCACCUCCUAAACAGCAGCGUGUGCCCAAAGCAGACUCCAAAUGUGUGUCCUGCCAGGCGGGCGGCAGCGUCCCCAACGGGCGACGCCCCCACCGCCGCAUCCGCCUGGAACCCCACAGCUGCAGCCUGUGCUCCAAGACCUUCAUCUCCUCCGCCCACCUGACCCUCCACCUGGCCUCUCACAACAAAGAGAGGAAGUUCAGAUGUAGCACCUGUGGCAAGUUCUUCCAUCAGUCCUCGCACCUGAUGGCGCACAAGAUCAUCCACAGCGGGGACAGGCCGUUUAAGUGCCCUGAUUGUGGCAAGACCUUCGGCCGGGCCUCCCAUCUGAAGACCCACCGGAGGCUCCACACGGGAGAGAAACCCUUCAAGUGCACCUACUGCGACAAGGCGUUCACGCAGAAGGCCGGGCUCCUGGCGCACGUCCGUCUGCACACGGGGGAGCGGCCGUUCAAGUGUGAGAAGUGCGGCGAGGGCUUUCGCUCUUUGUCGCUGCUGCUCUCUCACAAGGCUGAGAAGGAAUCUGGGCAGGCCAAACCAGUGUCGGCACCAGCAGCGUCGACAGAAUCGCCCCAGAAGACACCGGGCAGCUCCGAGGAUCUGAAGUGUGGCGUCUGCUGCCGCACAUUCGUACGCUCGUCGUACAUUAGGCUGCACAUCCGCCUCAACAAAGGACAGAGGCCUUACCACUGCAAGGUGUGCAACAAGACCUUUGUCAAGCUGGAUACGUUUGUGAACCACUGUGAUAAACACUUGAGGCAGAAAAGGGAUAAAAGUGCAGCAAAGGAGGGUAAAGACAAAGUAGUUAAACCUCCCCAGUUUGUCCCCCUCUCCAAACCUCCUUCUCCUGAGUCCGCACCCACUCAGCCGUUAUCCCCGGAGGUCAACACGCGCUCCAGAGCUAAAGCGAAGACUAAAACGGAGCCAUGACCAAGAGGAGUGCAUCACAAAGAGAGGACAGAUUUCUUUAAUUAAGAAGUGUGGCGUGCCAGUUCUGCCACAGCACAUAAGGAAUGCAGGACAGUAGCGUUUGAUGUAUGUUGAUGUAGAAGUCCAAAAACCAACACAAUUAUAGAAAUGUUUACACAUGAUCAGAGAAAGGGACAAUGAGCAAUUUUGUAGUUCAAUAACUCGAGAAAAACACUCAUGACAAAGCAACACGAGUUCACUAAUUGUACAUAAUUACCUUCACCGAGAAGGUUUUGUUAUGAUCUGUUUGUGUGCUUAUCAGCAGGAUUAGGGAGUAAAUACUUCUGAAACUUGAUGGAAGGGUUAAGCAUGGGCCAGGGAAGAACCGAUCACAUUACGGAGUGGAUCCGAGUCAUUGGGAGCACUAUGGGGCAUUUGGCCUCAGCAGCAGUCAGCACUCUUUAAGAGUCCUUGUAGUUUUAUUAUUUAUAUUUUAUUGUGAAUGAUUGUAUUUUGUAAGUACCACAGUGUUGUCUUUAAUGCAAAUGUUAGCCCAUAAGGCUAAUUAGCACUUGUAACUAACAUUUAAGUAGCGUACAUUGUUUCUUUAAGUAUAGAAAAGGAAAACCAUAAUAAUUCAUGGUUAAUGUUGUUUUCUAAACCCAUAAAUGCCUACAGCACUUGAACAAUUUACCAACAAUGUACAUAAAAUGCCCAUUGUAAAACAGAACACACAUAGAGUAAAAAUAAACAUAAAAGUAUAGUGUGGAGGACUGAAGCACUACCUGCUUAACCCUUAAUAGGGCACUCAUUGAAGUACUUGCAAAUUCCAAAUUUCAACCCUAGAGAAUAUUAGAAGAUAUUACAUACUGCCAGAAUGUGUAAAAAAAAACCAUACGGACCCGAGAUUAAAGCGGCAAAUCUACAAGAAAAAAAUGCGCAGAUUUAGGAGAUUUAAAGUGGUGAAUCUGCGAGGAAAAAAAUUGCUUUUUUCCCCACUUUUUUUCUCGUAAAUCUGUGACUUCUUUUCGUGUAGAUUUGCCACUUUAAAUCUCUUAAAUCUGCAACUUUUUUUCUUGUAGAUUUGCCACUUUAAUCGAGUAAAUUUGCAACUUUUUUCUCUAAAUAUUACCUCCCCCCACCGAAGUUACCAAAUACGGUUCUUCGCCCAAUAAAGGGUUAAAGCUCUUUGUUGUUUCAGUCAACAGCCAUUGUCUUUUUUUAAAAAGACGUCUUUUGAGCACUAAGGUCCAAGUUACACUAAAGCUCCACAGUUCAUACUUAGCAUGGAACUUCUUCUUUGUUAUUCUGCCUUGAUAACACGGUCCAUGUUGGGCCACCAUGAGCCUCCGUUGAUCUUCACACUUCAUUCCAGGUCAGUAGCAGCUCACAGCGGAUACCUCACUGACCCUAAACUCAACAGAAGAUGUGUUAAACUAUUCCCUGUGGAUCUCCACCGCUGAUGGACUCUGUCACCUCCACAUGGGGAAACUCUUUGUCCCAACCUAUGGACACAGAGAGAGAAAAAACGAAAGUGAAAAAGCCCAAAGUCUCUUUACAAGUUGGAGGUGAAGUCAGAACUCUUGGGAGUCUUAUUGCAUGA